UUCGCCAUGUUAACGAGGGAACGCGUUAAACCGUUGUGCAGUCGGUUUUCGGGAGAAAACUCACCGAGCGGCGUUUGAGACGCCAACAUCACUAAAUCCUGUCUCGUUGUUUUGAUUCGUAAACUCUGAAUACGCAGCGUAACCUGCCAGCGAAUUAGCUGGCCGAAACGGGUUUUGUUUUUUUCCCCACCGAUUUGAAGGCCCAGGCGGCUGCCAUGGAUUUUUAAGGCAUAAUGCGGCACCUCUAAUGCAACGGCAAUGCAUAGUGCAAGGCAAAAUCCACUGCGAAAUUCCAUCUUCGCAACUGCCAAGCAGUUGGGCUCAAAUACCGUCCGCGGUAUACCUGCGAGCCAACCGGUACCCCUGCUGCUGGACCGGAGGAAGCUAACGCUAGCUAGCUAGUCAUCUUAGCUACUGACAUCGAAUUGUAAGAGUGAUCCAUCGAUUCAUCUGAACGUCGUCAACACUAUCGAUCAAAAUGAAGCCUCAAGACAUAAUCGCCGGGAAGACCAGCCUGUGGAUCUUCGGGUACGGGUCACUGGUGUGGAAGCCUGACUUCAAGUACAAGAGGAGCAAGGUCGGCUACAUUCAAGGCUACAAGAGACGUUUCUGGCACGGAGACAACUUCCAUCGCGGGAACGAUAAGUUGCCCGGAAGAGUGGUGACGCUAAUAGAAGACGAUGACGAGAGCACCUGGGGCGUGGCGUUCGAGGUGACGGGCUCUCAAAUCGAGGAGUCCCUGAAAUACCUGAACGUGCGCGAGACGGUCUGUGGCGGCUACGUCACCAGAAUGGUAGAUUUCUUCUCCGAGGGGGAGAGCCAGCCCCCGGUUCAGGCGCUGCUGUACAUCGCCACCACGGACAACCCCCUAUACCUGGGGCCGGCCAGCCCGGAGGAGAUUGGCACCCAGAUCGCCGUGUGCAGAGGGAAAACGGGCCACAACAUGGAGUACCUGCUCCGGCUGGCUGAGUUCAUGAGGCGCAGCUGCCCACACGUGGAAGACCAUCACCUGUUCUCCAUCGAGGCGGCAGCACUGACAGUGGUGUCCUAUCUGUUAGCAGCACAGUAGCUCGUACCCAUUGUGUCACCAGCUUAUGUAGUGGAAGAAUACACACACACACACACACACACACACACUCUGAGGCUUUUCAUCUGUCAUGCUGUCCAAUGUUAUGUUGUGAAAUCUAGUUUUCCACUACAUCAUCCAGUGUACUUGAAUCCAUUAAAUGCUACUCAAGUGACACUAGGGAGGGAAGUUUAUUAUUAUAAUUAUUAUAAUUAUUAUUAUUUAAGUUUUUUCCUAAAGCAUGACCUCAUGAUCACACUGUAACAUUAGAAGUUGUACAUUUACAAAAUGUAUGAUCACUGAAUUGUUAGACUGUAAACAUCUGCAUUUGUUUUCUUUAAAGGCACAUUGACAGUUUAUUAUUUGCACUGUUCGGGUUCCGUCCAAUCUAUUCAGACGGUAAAGCAGUUUUAUUGUGUCCGUGAAGCCUGUUUGCCUAUCCCGCAAACGGCUGCUGUGGUUUUUGAAGGUGCUGAUGGCAACGUUUCCACCCAGUGUACAGGCAAAUGCCAAUAAACAGUUA